GUGAGGGGAGGGGGGCGUGGGGGAGCCGUCGCGUUGGAGACGGCGGGAUCGGCGUUCCAAUCCCCCCUCCCUCCCCCCGCAGUCGGGGAGCCCCCGCGCGGCGGGGGAAUCCUGCGGCCCGAGGCUUCCAGCUGGUGGUGCAGGAGCUGGGGUGAAGUAGUGGCGUGAGGACCCCGCGCCUUAACGUGAAAAGGAAAGAGGCUGGAAUCGAUGGUGGUGUGCGCUUCUGGCUGUUCCCUAUGGCAGCCACGGACCCCCAGGUCCUGGCCUUGGCUGCUCAGAUCACUGAGAGCAGAGAACAGGACAUCCCCCUGCUGCUGCUGAAGUUAAAGGGAAUUUUAAGCAAUCCUUCCUUAGGAUGUGAAGAAUCAAAUAAAAUUAAGCAAGAUAUAUAUGAUUAUGGUCUUACUCAGUACUGCUUGCUGGUCCUUAAGCAAGACCACUCUCAGCUGCAUGGAGCCUGGGCUACUGCUGCCCAGCUAGCAGAGAUACUAAGUCAUUGUUGUAUAGGGCUAGAGGUGAAAGAAGAUCCUGAGGAAUUUUACAAGAAGUUUCUUCCUUCAGUUAUAGACAGCCUGCUGGUUUUGGGAAAACGCUUGCAAGCACGAUUUAUCCGAGCAAUCAAGGAUAAAGAAAAACAAGACUUUUUACACUGGUUCCAAAUAGUAACUGAUGCCAUCUGCUGGCUGUUCGGUGGGCAUAUUCAACUAGCAGCAUGUGCACUACAAAAUGAUCGCUUCCUGCAGUUGUUAAUAACAGAUGAUGUUGAAACAGCAAUUAUAAUGAUGUCUGUGUUACACAGUAUUUUGAGGAUCAAUAGUUCUGUCUUGCUUCAAGUUGAAGAAGAAGCCCUUCACUCUGUUUUGGAUGAACUUGUUUAUAAGCUUUCCUCUACCACCAAUCCUGCUGUAGGAAGUGCUGCCACAAAACUGCUGUUGUUAGUGGCAAAAUCUUGCAAACAGCUUGUGCAGUUAUUCACAGCUCGCUACAAAGGAUUAAAAGGGCUUUUAAGCAAACAGUGGACUGGCAAAGGAUUUGACAGGGAGGUCAAUCAACUCUUGGACCUGCUGUAUUUGGAACAAUCCAGUGGAAAAGGAGAAAUACAGAAGCAGCAUGAAGCAGCUUGUAUAAUCCAGGCAGCAUGGCGGGGAUUUCAGACAAGGAAAAGGCUGAAAAAGCUACCCCAAGCAGUGAUCACUUUACAGAGAAGCUUCAGAGCUAAACGGGAACAGGAGCUGCAGCAUUUAACAAAACAGAAGGAAGAUGAAGCUCUAAAACUGCAAAUGCAACUUCAGAGACAGAGGGCCAUGAGACUCUUCCAUGAACGACAGCUGACCUUACUGGAAGUUGUCCAUGCCAGCCAGGUGAAUAAAUACAUGCAGGAAAUGGAGGAGAAAUCAGCAUUAACUAUCCAGAGAUUCUGGCGAGGGUGUAGAGCAAGAAGAAUUUUUCAUCAGCAAAAACAAUCUCUUAAGGAGUAUAAAGCAGCUGUUAUUAUUCAAAGAGCAGCUUGUAAAUUCCUGGAGAAACGAAGAAGGAGGAGACCUCUUUCUCCUUGGAAAGAACCCAAGGGACUGACUGAUGAGCAGAGACUAGCUUUGCAGCAGAAGGUGGAUGACUACAUCAAAUUGCAUCCGGCUUCCCAAAUGACAGAAGAAAUGAGUAAAGAAUUGCAUAUGCAGGCUCAGGCAAAGCUGGCACAGUUCCUGUUGAGGAACAGGCUGGAUCAGAGAGCAGCGCAGCGGAGAGAGGCUUUGCUGGCUCAGAUCAACACCGAUGUGGAACUGCUAAUGAAUGCUCCAGGUUUGGCAGAGACUACAGAAAAAGAUUUUGGUGCCUUUAUGAGUCGAUCAAUCCCUGUAGCUACCAAGGCAAGACAAGCCCACAACACUAUGCUAAAAUACACUCGUUGGCCAUGGUGGAAGAAGCUUGGAGAUGAGUUUAUGGAGGAUGAUGUAAUUCCUGACGAUGCUAUAAACACAGAACUGGAAACUCUCUUUAUUGGAGGAAGGAAAUCCUUUUAGGAGAUUGUGGUCACAUCCAUUUUACAGACCAGGGAAACUGAGGCAAGAGAGCCAUGAGGGAACAUGCCUAUGGCUGUAAAUAGCUGUAUCACCUGUCACUUGUUUUCCUGUUACUGUCCCAAGCAGAGCAAGCCAGAAAGGGACCACAUGCUGGGAUGGAGCUGGGAGAUGUUCUUGGAUACCAAUUACUGUUCAGGGCCAGUUCAGAGCCUGGGCUCAGUAAAAGAGAUUCCUAACCUCCUCUGAUGCCUGCUUGGCUCACAGUGGGAGGAAUUUGGCAUAGUUUGACUCCUCCUCUUUUCAAGUCUUCCUGCACCAUGUGCUGGACAUGUUGCUGGCAUUUUAUUUCAUUGCAGCUCCUUCUGGAAUAAAAUACUCUUGCCUUAAUAAUGGGAACAGAUAUAGAGAGCUGAACAGAAGCCACCUCCAGCUUGCUACCAAGUGAACAGUCCUGUCUGGUUUAAACAAUUACCCAAAAAAAGACUGUAGGAGAGGCCAUGAGCUGCAAUGGUGCAGUCCUACUCCUGCUUUCCUGUUUGCCACAGACCACAGGCAUGCCCAGAAAGCCAGGAGAUGUUACUUGAGCAUAAACCUAUGGCAUGGGUCGUUCAGCCAGGCAGGAAAAAGGGGCAGAGUUUAGCCAUACCCAGCAGGUCUGGACUGUGCCCCUUUGGGUAGCAAUCAGGCUUGACUUGGCAGGCUGAAGACAGACCCUGAUCACCCAGAGGAAUUCUGGGGGUGCUCUCCACACUGGUGGGGUAACAUUCCUGGGGGGUACCUGUGACAAGGAAAGGGCAGAGGUGGAGCCCAACCUGUGAAGGCAGUGGUGCUCAGGUCAUUAAAUAUUGAUGCUGUCUAAGCUGGCCUGUGGGGGCAAUUGAGCUGAAUUGCAGGUUUCUGUUGCUGUGAUAAAUUGGGCCAAUUUGUCAUGUGG